AUGAAUUCCUUUCUCCACCGGGUACAUGCAAUGUCCGGUAAUGAUGAUAUAAACGACGCGAAGAGAAGACUUCAGCAACAACAAGCUACUGAGACUGGUUCGCCUCCUCCAAUGCAGCAAGUAAAGAUUGUCCCCGAGAAGCUGAGCUAUGAUAUACACUCAUGGUCAAGCCAUUCCGCCAGCUACCAUCCCAAACACAUCAUGGUCAACAAGCCCCAAGAUCAGUCUUCGCGCUGGUCCAGCGGUAGCAAUAACCAGCUCCAAUACAUUACGAUAAAACUCGACAAAUUAUCCAUUGUGCACACGAUCACAUUUGGAAAGUAUCACAAGGUCCAUGUCUGUAAUUUAAAGGAGUUUAAAGUAUUUGGGGGACUUUCACCGAACAACAUGAUCGAACUGCUUCACUGCGGUUUACGAAAUGAUAGUGAACCAGAGACCUUCUCGCUAAAGCACAAGGCGAACGACGUGAUAUUCCCAUGCCAAUACAUCAAGAUUGUACCUCUCCUGGCGUGGGGUGCAAACUUCAAUUUCAGUAUAUGGUACGUGGAGCUACGAGGAAUUUGCCAGAGCGAGAUUGUGGAGAAGGCAUAUUGGGACUACAUUAAUUACCGCGAAAAUGAAGUUAUUAGAUUAUGCUUAAAACACUUCCGGCAGCGAAAUUAUUUGGACACGUUUGGAUCACUACAACAGCGGACGCAAUUGCAAUUAGAGGAUCCCCUAUUGACCGAACUACAUCGGCAUUUGGUAAUAAAUGGCGACUUCACCACUGCGGAGGACCUCAUCCGCCAAGCAGCCGAACGAAAUUUGUUCCAGGAUUAUAUCAGUGAAUGCACAUACCGGCCUUUGUGGAAAAAAAUUGUACCGGAAGACUCUGAGGAGGACAGUCCGUGCAUGCGAGGUGGGCAUCAAAUGGCGAUAGAUCCUGACUCAGGGAGAGUGUAUCUGUUUGGUGGAUGGGACGGUUCAAAGGACCUGGCAGACUUCUGGGUAUUUGAUCAAGAUAUCAGGAAAUGGAUCUGCAUUAGUAUGGACACUAGAAGGCAAGGUGGCCCCGGCCCGCGGUCCUGCCACAAGAUUUGCUUCGAUCCAAAAACAAAGCAACUCUACACGUUGGGUAGAUAUGUCGAUCCAGACAGUCGGCCCAAUGUUAAUCUCGAGAGCGAUUUCUGGAGAUUUGAUGUUGCGAGCGGUACAUGGACGCGCAUUAGCAUCAACACUGCGGAAGAAAGUGGCCCGGAGCUGAUCUACGACCACCAAAUGGUGGUAGAUUCCGAUACUCAAGUCUUGUACGUCUUUGGAGGACGGACAAUAGGCCCCGACCCCAAUCAGACCGUUUACUCUGGAUUAUAUGCGUACUCCAUUUCACACAACCAGUGGAGGUUGAUCCGCACUGACACCUCACAACCUGAGCACUCCAUUCAGCUAAAAUCGCGCAUUGGUCAUUCAAUGCUCCUUAAUCCCCGCACUCGGGAACUAUACAUAUUCGCUGGCCAACGAAACAAGGAUUAUCUCUCUGAUUUUUAUGUGUAUGAGAUUGACACGGAUACGGUACAUGAGACCUCGCGUGACUACAGCAAACAGGGGGGGCCAGAUGCUGGUUUUACCCAGCGAGCCACAAUUGACUCGGAUUUAGGCGAGUUCUAUGUAUUGAGCGGGCUCAUGCGCGAGAAGAAUACCACUCAAGAGACGGUCAAAAACUCCUUCUGGGUGUAUAACAUCCGCAAGGACCGAUGGACAAAGGUGUAUCAGAAUGAAAAUACCGGAAGUGCCUAUUGGUCGUCCAUGGCAGAUAAAGAACCAUGUCCACGAUUUGCACAUCAGCUCGUUUACGACCCCAAGCGAAAAUGCCAGUUCUUGUUUGGAGGUAAUCCCGGUGAGAUGGGCAAUCCAAAUUUGAGGCUGGACGAUUUCUGGGAGCUUUGGCUUAUAAGACCAAAUCCCAACGAUGUGCUCAGGCGCGCCAAGUUCCACAUCCGACGCCAGAAAUUCCGAGAGAUGUGCAGCGUAGGAGAUCCAUUAGCUGCAUUAAAAUACUUACAAACUGAAUUGGCGGAGGUGGUGGACCAUUCGGAUGAGCAAGAAAGUCGGGAGUUCCGGGAACUAACGCAAUUUCUGUUCAAUUGGCGACCAAGUGGCUCAAUACCAGCAAUAGGGGGUAGCGGUGGUAUAGGUGCUGUACCGAUGACUUUGAAAGCAUGUGGAGGCGGAUCUGAUACCGGACGGGGAGUGGGAGGACUUGCUACUGGUGUUGGGGUUGGCCCAAGGGUGGGCGGAGUGUUAGACACUGAAACAGGAAACAAUGAGGGGAGCUCUGCAGCGAACAAAAUGUCCGGUGCUGCUGAAGACCCAUAUCAGUCACGCACGGAACUUUAUGAAACACUCCUCGAAUUCUUCCCAGACAGUAUGCGGGAACCGAAAGAUAACUUAGUAGACUUGUCAGUCAUAAAUUACACGGUCACCCAGAUAUCCCGAUUUGAUGUAUACAAUGCAAUGAUUCUCAGAGGACAAGGUAUUGGGAUGCUCUUGCGCAGGAAGGUUCAUCUGCGUCUGGAAGACAUUAAAAACAAACCCAGAGGACUUUCCAUACCGUUCCACUCAUCUUUCCAAGAUUCCUGGAGUGUAUCCGACGCAAUCGCAAGAAAGAUGAAGUUUACUCGCGCAUUGCUCCUGGUUGGGGCGGUGUUGGGCCUCGUUCUACUGACCGUGUCUACGGUUAGCGCCAGUACAUCUGCCGAGGCAGGUGCUCCUUCCGAGGCGAACACCUUGACGCCUCCACCCGGCUUCUCUGUUUUAACUCCUGAGGAAGAAGCAAAGUUGAAGAGUAGCGGAGAAAAAUUCCAGUUCGAGACCGAAGUCAACCGGUUGAUGAAAUUGAUUAUUAACAGCCUGUAUAAAACCAAAGAAAUCUUCCUCCGUGAGCUAAUAUCUAAUGCUUCGGAUGCUUUGGAUAAGAUUCGUUUUCGGAGCCUGACCAGCAAAGAGGCUCUGGGUGACACGACGGAUCUAAAGAUUACCAUAGUAGCCGAUAAGGAACGAAAGACUUUGACAAUUACGGACACUGGGAUUGGCAUGACAAAGGCCGACCUGAAGACGAACUUGGGAACUAUUGCUAAGUCGGGCACCGCCGAGUUCCUCGCAGCAAUUGAGGCACAGAAGAACGAUACCAACCUAAUUGGCCAGUUUGGAGUCGGUUUCUAUUCCGCAUUUUUGGUCGCCGAUCGCGUCACGGUAGUAAGCAAAAACAAUGCGGACAAACAGUACAUCUGGGAGUCAACCUCAGAGAAUGAUUUCAGAAUCAUGGAGGAUCCCAGAGGAAACACUUUGGGGCGUGGAACUCAGAUAACGCUGCAUUUGAAAGAUGAUGAGCUGGAGUACCUCAAUGACUCCAAGAUUCGCGAUCUCAUCAAACGGUACAGCGAAUUUAUCAACUUCCCGAUUUAUCUCUGGACAACACGUACAGAAACAGAAGAGGUCCCCAUUGAGGCUGAGGAAGACACAUCUCCUGAUCUGGACGAAGAAAUCGAAGACGUGACCGAGAAGGAAGAAAAGCCCAAAACAAAGACUGUAACUAAAACUGUUAGUGACUGGGAAUUGACCAACGAGCAUAAACCGAUUUGGACACGUCGUCCCAACGAGGUUGAGGAGAAGGAGUACAAUGAAUUCUAUAAGUCAUUUACUAAGGAUUACCAAGAACCUUUGACCUAUAUUCACUUCCGUGGGGAGGGAGAAGUAGAGUUCAAGUCAAUUUUGUUUGUCCCAAAAAGCCCGCCGCCGACCUUCCUUCAAGGUUCAGAUGACUGGUUUCAUAACAUCAAGCUAUUUGUCCGACGUGUAUUCAUCACAGACGAGCUUCCGAACUUCUUGCCGAGGUGGCUCAGCUUCCUAAAGGGUCUCAUAGACUCGGACGACCUUCCUUUAAAUGUUUCUCGCGAGACCUUGCAGCAACACGCAGCCCUCAAGGUCAUGAAAAAGCGUAUCAUUGGCAAGGCACUGGACAUGUUCAAAGCGCUCGCUGUCAGCGACGAAGAGAAAUACAUGGAGUUGUGGAAGAACUUUGGACAUGCCAUCAAGCUUGGCGUCAUCGAAGACCGCGCCCACAAAAAGAAGUUGAUGAAGCUGUUACGAUUCCGAUCCUCUCACUCGAGCAACUACACUACACUUGACGAGUAUGUCUCACGUAUGCGGAAAGGACAGCCUCAAAUCUAUUUCAUAACUGGCGAGAGCAUUGAGGCUUUCUCAACCUCACCAUUUGUGGAGAAGCUCAUCGCUCGUGGCUAUGAAGUGCUGUACAUGAAUGAUCCGAUCGAUGAAUAUCUCACUGGUAACUUGGAUGAUUAUGAGGGCAAGAAGCUACAACACGUUGGAAAAUCUGGUGUCAAAUACGGUGAUGAAGACGAGAAAAGCGCGGAAGAUUUGAAGGAGCUGGAAGAUAAAUUCCAACCCCUAAAGGAUUACUUGAAAGAAACGCUAAAGGAGUGGGUUGACACGGUCCGAAUUUCAAAACAGCUUACAAAAUCCCCAUGUGCCGUUCUGUCGAAUGAAUGGGGAGUGUCUGGAGCGAUGGAAAGGAUCCUACAAGCACAGGCACUGGGCCAAAAAGAUGAUUUCCGCACUGCGAUGUAUCUAAAACAGAAGAAAAUCUUUGAGAUCAACCCGGAUCACCCCAUCAUCGAAGCACUUCUUAAGAAGGUGAACGAUGGCAAGAGUGAUGACCUCAACGAUUCUGUAUACGUCUUGUUCGAAUCAACGGCCAUCGCAUCAGGAUUUGCCGUUCGGAAUCCGACCGACUUCGCCCAGAAGGUGGAGAAGGUUGUGAGGGAACGGCUUGGCGUGGAUUCUAGGAAAGAAGCCAAUGUGAAAGUAGUUCCCGCUCCCCCACGAGAGGACCCUGCCGAGAAGGCAGCAAAACAGGAAGAGGAUGAGGAAGACGCUCAUGAGCAUGACGAAUUGUAGAAUAUGUACUUAUAAGAAUUUAUACCAAUGGUUUUGACCUUUACAUCAUCCAUCAUUACACCGUCAAAUCUUCAUACAACAA